CUGCAAGGUCCAUAGGACCGAAAUCGGGUCCCGCCGCGUCAACACGGUGCCGUCAAGCGCCCGCCAUGAUCGACUAUGGCGCCAAGAAAGGGCAACCCAGCUGGUUUUUAGCCUUUCAACUCACUGGAAGCGUGUUUCCACACUGUUUCUUGAUCGUCUUCCCCAUUUCCGUUCUCUCACUGGUGCUCAAGAUCCUCCAUGAUCAAAACGUCUUCGGCGAGGGCCACGAGGAUGUGGUGACGGGCUUCUACUUCCUGUCAGAUGGGGCUCCCUGGGGCGGCUUCAGCGGCUUCGUCUCCUUCGUCAUCGUCUUCCGCCUCUCCGCUGCUUAUUCCACCUACUGGUCCGCUUACACCACGGCCAAUGCCUUCCUGGGCGACUGGUCCGGUGCCGCUGCCUCGGCGGUGAGCUGCUGCCGUGGCUCCAAAUGUUCUGACGCAAAGGUCGAGGUCUUUCUGCACAAAGUGAUCCGGCUGUUUAGCAUGCUGAGCGCCUGUGCACUACAGGAGCUCUCGCCCCGGAAGUCGCAUCAGGUGUGGGGCCUGUUGACCUUGAAUUCCGUGGGAAUCGAUGAGAAGUCCCUGGCCUAUUUGGAUGGCUCCAACCAACGCGUGGACCUUUGCUAUCACUGGAUCCAACAGACCGUGGUGGACGCUCAAAGCGACGACCUCUUCGGCGUGCCGCCCCCCUUGGUGGGACGCAUCCUGAACGAGCUCUCCAGCGGCAUGGGAAAGUUCGGCGAUGCCAAGAAGCAUGCGACGACACAGUUCAACUUCCCCUACGCACAGACCUGUAAGUGGCUGCUGAUUCUCUACUCUGUCUUGAUGCCGUUGAUGAUGGUGCGCUGGUCCGAUUGGGCCUCCGGUGCCUUCAUCUUCACCUUCGUUCAGCUCUUUUUUAUCUGGACUUUGGAGGCCAUUACGAUCAUUUUGGAGAAUCCCUUCGACACUUCGGACCGCAACUGCAUCGAUGUCUUUCAACUUCAACUGAGCAUGAAUGGCUCGUUGCUCCUGCUGUUGAACCCACGAACUCGCGCCGGUCCCCCGGAGCUCUCACAGAGCGCCCUGACGGGCGACGUGACAGGGGACUACGAGGCGCUGCAGCGCCGCGACACGGUGCACAAGGCGGUCCUCAAGCAGGAAGGUUGGCAACUCACGGAUGAGCACGAGCUUGGCGUCAGCUUUGAAAAUGAGCACCAGCGCUGCUGCUGCUGCUGUUCAGGCCAGCAGCUGCCGAAGGAGAUCGCCAGGUCUAAAAGCUAUUGCCGCAUCCGCUAUGGCAUCAUCGACAACCAGAAGACGGCGGCCAUUGCCAUAGGAGUCUUCGGUGACGAUUUGAUCAUCGUAGUGCCUCCCACGGCUCGAAAGCUGAAGACUUCCGCCUUGAUCAUCGUGCAGAGCGUGAGUGGCCGCGCGACCAAAGUGGGCGUGAAGAAGAUCUCCAUCCAGGACCGACACAAGCUGCACAAGGAACAUAACUGGUUGCCGGACGACUACGAGAAGUUCCUCUUCGAGUACCAGGACCUCCCCGCGGCGGUCUACAAGGCCGGCGGGUGGAUCAUGAACCUCCCCGUCGCCAGCGUGAGGAGACAGGAGGAACUGGCCGUGGAGAAACGCAUCAACGAAGCGAAGCAGGCGGACAAAGAAGGUUUGGGCAUCGAUCAGCUCAGUACCUUAGUCACCUUCGAGGACUUCAUCGACAAGCUGAUGCAGGAGGCGGAGCUCACCCGGGAGGAGGCCAAUCUGGAAUGGAAUCGCCGAAAGCAUCUGCCCACGGAGUACGAUCAGGACACGGACCCCCAGGGGCGUUUGAUCAUUGAGCUCAACAUGGAUACCUUCAAGGAGCACCUGGCGGAGGUGAAGAAACGGGAACAGACACGCAUCAAGAAGUUGGAAGACGCCCGACAGCAGAUCCAAAAUGCCUUGGACCACGGGCACAUCGAGCCCUUGGCGAAGGCGAUCCAAGUGGCGGAGGUGGAGACGACGAUGUCGGACAAGGAGCUGCAAGAGGCGAAGGAUCGAUUGACCUCCUGGCGACUGGUGGACGGGAAGAUCCAGGAAGCCAUCGCGGUGCGGAAGGAAGGGGUGAUCCGCAAUGCCUUGCGCGAAGCGGAUGAGGUCGGGCUGAAGAACGCCACCUGGAAUGCGGCGUCAGAAUUGUACCGGCAGCUGGUGAUAGAAGGCGCGCAGGCACAUCUGAAGGACGCUUUGGAGAUGGGUGAUAUUGAGCACCUCAUGGUCGCCAUUGAAAAGGCAGAGAAGGACAUGGCAGGCAUCUCGGACAAAGGGCUGAAAGAGGCCAAAGACCGCUUGGUGACCUGGAAAGAAGCUCAAGAGGCUCUUUGCCAAGCCUGUGAGAGCAAGGCGCCCAGCGAGUUGAAAGGCAGCGUGGACAUGUCGGUGGCCAUCGGCCUGCGCUCCCGCAAGGUGGCUCUGGCGAAGCAGCUGCUGGCGGAGCAUUGCGCCACGGAGCUAGAAGAGCUUGAUACUGCCAUGAAAGCAGGAGAUGUGGAGAAGCUUGCUGCCGUCCUGGCGGACUUGGCGGAGAAGAACGUCUUGGCCGCAGAGGACAUGAAGCGUGGGAAUGAGCGCUUGAAGGCCAUGCAGAACGCGCAGAAAGCCUUGCAGGAGGGCCUCAGCUCCAACAGUUUGGAUGCCUUGCGCAGCGCCACGGAAAUGGCGGAGGAGGCGAAGCUCCAAGGGGCUACGCGAGAGGAAGCCGAGCGAAAGCUCCAGGAGUUGGAAGCCGCCUCCGAAUUGGAGGCUGCCUUCCAGGAGGCGGAUCGGAUGGAAGCUCAAAAGACGGUCCUGCCUGGUGAAGCCAAUGCACGACCGAUGUGAGGGGCGGCCAGGCAGUGAGGGUGGCCAGGCGAAUCGAUGCGUUUGGAAGGGACCUCCACUUGGGUGCAUGACUUUA